GGGUCGGAGAGGAGGUCAAAGCGCACAGGCCUCCCAGCCAGCAGAAAACCCCCACAGUCCUUCAGUACUCCCUACCGUUGACGGCGCAGGCGCAGGAAGGGGCGGGGCCGAGGGAAGAGGCGAUUCGCGGGAUUCCAGAGGCCGCGCCCCUCGUCUGCGUCAGUUGGUCACGUGGUUGUUCGGAGCGGGCAAGCCGAGUAGUAGGGCUUUACUGCAGAGCGCGCCGGACACUCCAGCGACCGUGGGGAUCACCGUAGGUGAGCUGUGGCCUUUUGCGAGGUGCUGCAGCCAUAGCUACCUGCGUUCGCUACGAGGAUUGAGCGUCUCCACCCAGUAAGUGUGCAAGAGGCGGCAGGAAGUGGGUGCGCAGGGGCGUAAGGCGCGCAGCCUCUAGACGACUCGCUUUCGCUUCGGCCAACCUCUGAAGCCGCGUCCUACUUUGACAGCUGCGGGGCCGCAGCCGGGUCUUCUGUGCUUCACCAUCUACAUAAUGAAUCCCAGUAUGAAGCAGAAACAAGAAGAAAUCAAAGAGAAUAUAAAGAAUAGUUCUGUCCCAAGAAGAACUCUGAAGAUGAUUCAGCCUUCCGCAUCUGGAUCUCUUGUUGGAAGAGAAAAUGAGCUGUCCACAGGCUUGUCCAAAAGGAAACAUCGGAAUGACCAGUUAACAUCUACAACUUCCACCCCUGGGGUUAUUGUCCCAGAAUCUAGUGAAAAUAAAAAUCUUGGUGGAGUCACCCAGGAGUCAUUUGAUCUUAUGAUUAAAGAAAAUCCAUCCUCUCAAUAUUGGAAAGAAGUGGCAGAAAAACGGAGAAAGGCGCUGUAUGAAGCACUUAAGGAAAAUGAGAAACUUCAUAAAGAAAUUGAACAAAAGGACAAUGAAAUUGCCCGCCUGAAAAAGGAGAAUAAAGAAUUGGCGGAAGUAGCAGAACAUGUACAGUAUAUGGCAGAGCUACUAGAGAGACUGAAUGGUGAACCUCUGGAUAACUUUGAAUCACUGGAUAAUCAGGAAUUUGAUUCGGAAGAAGAAACUGUUAAGGAUUCUGUAGUGGAAGACUCAGAAAUUGGCACGUGUGCUGAAGGAAUUGUAUCUUCCUCUACGGAUGCAAAGCCGUGUAUAUGAAAUGCAUUAAUAUUUGACUGUUGAGAAUUUUACUGCCAAAGUUUACCUCCAUUAGUUCUUUGUACCAGAGUACGUAACUACAUAAUGCCAACUCUGGAAUCAAGCUUCCUUGUUUGAAUCCUGGGACCCUAUUGUAUUAAAAUACAAAUACUAUGUAUUUUUAAUCUAUGAUGGUUUAUGUGAAUAGGAUUUUCUCAGUUGUCAGCCAUGACUUAUGUAUAUUACUAAAUAAACUUCAAACUCCUGUUGAACAUUGUGUAUAACUUAGAAUAAUGAAGUAUAAGGAGUAUGUGUAGAAAAUUUGUCUGUUUCUAUGCUUUUAUGUUGUUCUCUUUCCAUUCUUUUGCUAACUACCUUGGAGGAAACAAGGAUAAAACGAACAAAGUAUUUAGACUGAGAUAGCUGAGGUUUUAACUCCCAAACUUUGUUGUACCUCAAGCUCACUUACAGUGACGCUAUUGAUAUUAACAAGUAGUUUUUGGAAUGGAGCAUGAGAAUCUAUUUUCCAAAAGCUUUUCAAGUGAAUGUGAUUAGCCAGCGAGAAGCUCAACUGGCUAGCAGGAUCAGACUCUUCUUGGAAGCUUAAAAUGAUGGAUGAUGGUGAUAAUCCUAGAGAAACAAAGUGAGAAGUGGGUAAAAGUUCGAUGGAAAAAACAGGAAUAGCUGAAAAUAUGGAGCUUUUCUAUUUCACAUAUUGGUAUAGUGCAAAGUAUGUAAAUAUUGAAGAAUAAGAGUGGGGUCAGAUUCAUUAGUGAUUUCCCAUAUAUACUAAGUUUUGAAGGAGGAAAAGUACAAACUAGGGGUAUGCAGCAUUGGAAUUGAAACAGUUCUGUGAGAGGCAUACAAGUAGUUUUGUAUAAAUUGGCAAUAAAGAGCAAUGUCAUGUCAUGCUUUAUGCUUUUUUUUUUUUUUUUCCCCUUUGAGACAGAGUCUUGCUCUUGUUACCCAGGCUGGAGUGCAAUGGCACGAUCUCACUGCAACCUCUGCCUCGUUGGUUCAAAUGAUUCUGCCUCAGCCUCCCGGGUAGCUGCGGUUACGGGUGCCUGCCACCACACCUGGCUAAUUUUUGUAUUUUUAGUAGAGACGGAGUUUCACCAUGUUGGCCAGGCUGGUCUCGAACUCCUGACCUCAAGUGAUCCGCCCACCUCGACCUCCCAAAGUGCUGGGAUGACAGGUGUGAGGCACCACGCCUGGCCUCAAGCUUUUGAAAGGAUUGUUUUAGGUAAGUAUCCUUACAGAACCUUAAUUUUCUCUCUCUCUCGUUUUUUGUUGUUUUUUUUUUGAGACAGGAUCUCACUCUGUCACCCAGGCGGGAGUGCAGGGGUGCAAUCUCAGCUCACUUCAGCCUCCACCUGCUGGGCGCAAGUGAUCUUCCCACUUCAGCCUCCCAAGUAGCUGAGACUACAGGUGCGUGCCACCACACCCGGCUAAUUUUUUGUAUAGACGGGGUUUCGCCAUGUUGCCCAGACUGGUCUUGAAUUCCUGGCAUCAGGCGAUCUGCCUGCUUCGCCCUCCAAAGUGUUGGGAUUACAGGCGUGAGCCACUGCGCCUGGCCUUAAUUUUCUUUAAUACUGAGAUAAAGCCUACCUCAUAGUGUUAUCAUGAAGAUUAAAACCUUUAGUGUCUAGAAUAAGUUCCUUAAAAAUGGAAGCUAUUAUUAAUCUAUAACAACAUCGUCCGGUAGAACUUAUUGGGAUGAUGAGAAUAUCUGCUGUAUAGUAUGGUAGCCAUUUCUGUGUGGCUAGUGUGACUGAGGUCUGGACAUUUUAAUUUAAGUCACUACAAGUGUUACGGGAAGUCAGGGACCCCAAAAGGAGGGACCGGCUGAAGCCAUGGCAGAAGAAUGUGAAUUGUGAAGAUUUCAUGGACAUUUAUUAGUUCCCCAAAUUAAUACUUUUAUAAUUUCUCAUGCCUGUCUUUACUGCAAUCUCUAAACAUAAAUUGUGAAGAUUUCAUGGACACUUAUCACUUCUCCAAUCAAUACCCUUGUGAUUUCCUAUGCCUGUCUUUAAUCUCUUAAUUCUGUCAUCUCUUAAGCUGAGGAGGAUGUAUGUUGCCUCAGUACCCUGUGAUAAUUGCAUUAACUGCACAAAUUGUAGAGCAUGUGUGUUUGAACAGUAUGAAAUCUGGGCACCUUGAAAAAAGAACAGGAUAACAGCAAUGUUUAGGAAACGAGAGAUAACCUUAAACUCUGACCGCCGGUGAGCCAGGCGGAACAGAGCCAUAUUUCUCUUCUUUCAAAAGCAAAUGGGAGAAAUAUCACUGAAUUCUUUUUCUCAGCAAGGAACAUCCCUGGGAAAGAGAAUACGUGCCUGGGAGUGGGUCUAUAGAUGGCCCCCCGGGUGUGGCCAUCUUCUAUGGUCUGUAGACUGCAGGGGUGAAAUAGACCCCAGUCUCCCAUAGCGCUCCCAGGCUUAUUAGGAAGAGGAGAUUCCCGCCUAAUAAAUUUUGGUCAGACCAGUUGCUCUCAAAACCCUGUCUCCUGAUAAGAUGUUAUCAGUGACAAUGGUGCCCGAAACUUCUUUAGCAAUUUUAGUUUCGCCCCGGUCCUGUGGUCCUGUGUUCCUGUGAUCUCGCCCUGCCUCCAUUUGCCUUGUGAUGUUCUAUUACCUUGUGAGGAACGUGAUCUCUGUGACCCAUACCUAUUCGCACACUCCCUCCCCUUUUGAAAGUCCCUAAUAAAAACUUGCUGGUUUUGCGGCUUGGGGGGCAUCAUGGAACCUACCGACAUGUGAUGUCUCCCCCGGACGCCCAGCUUUAAAACCUC